AUGAACAGUAGUGUUGAUAUGCAGUUAUCGAUGAUCGAACAUGAUGAUGAUGAUGAUGACAAAUCAAAAUCUAGCGAUGAUUAUCAGUAUCAAGAUAAUACUAAUAAUCAAGAAGUUGGAACACGUGUAUCUCGUUCAACGGUUUCUAAUAAAAGUAGUACAAUCACGUCGACUAAUGGAGCAAAACGUCAGAAAGAUAUUUCACCAUGUUAUGUAUGUGGAGCCAAGGCACAUGGUUACAACUUUGAUCAAAUCACGUGCGAAUCAUGCAAAGCUUUUUUUCGACGAAAUGCAUUAAAAUCCAUGGAAAAAUUUCGAUGUCGAAAUAAUAAUAAUUGUGUAAUAAUACCAGCAACACGAAAACGUUGCAAACGAUGUCGAUUAACAAAAUGUUUUAAAGUCGGUAUGCGUAAGGAAUGGAUAUUAACAGAAGAAGAAAAACGCUCAAAAAGAAAAAAGAUUGAACGCAAUCGUUUAGUAAAACAACAAGCACAACUAGCUAAUUAUCAGCGACAUCAACAAAAUAAAAAUUUAAUGUAUUCAAAUAUUCAAAGAAAUAUUUCGUCAUCACCUAUCGUUAAACAUUCAUCUUCUUCAGCAUCUCAACGGUUAAUACCAAAAACAACUUGUGAAUUAUCUAGUCUCCCAUUACCAUUGAUUUGUAUGCGUCGGCCAUCAGAUCAACAAAUGUAUCAAGGUCAACUAUGUUUAUUAGAACAAUUGUCCAAUGGGUAUCAAUCGAUAUCUCAACAAUAUCCUCAGCCAUCAACAUUUUCCUAUCGUAAUGCACUUAUAUCUCAAACUGUAGAUAUGGAAUCUAAAUUACUAUUGGUUAAAGAUUUAACACGAGACUUAACACAAAUGACGACAGUACGAUUAUUAAAUUACUUUUCAUUAAUACCUGAAUUUCAAUUAUUAACAGAUUUAGAAAAGAAAUCUAUUUUAAUUAAAAAUACGCUUCCAGUCUUUAUGUUUCAUGGAGCACUAACAUACAAUGCUGAAAGUGACACAUUUGUUGAUCGAACAACAGUUGAUCAACCUUACGAUGCAAAAUAUAUAUUACUUGUAUAUGGCGCGAAAGUUUAUAAUAAUUUUAUAGCAUUAGCUCAUCAAUUAGCAUCUCUGACAUAUCAAUCACCGACUGAUAAAAAAUUAGAUGAACGUUCACAUACAUUAUUCUUGUUGCUUAUGAUUAUUUUAUUAUUUUCUGAUGGCUUUGACUCAGGUUUUGAUAUCUAUUCAAUGGAAGAAGGACAACAGCAAACACUAGAAAAAGAAUCAAAUACACCAAUUAUCAGUCGACCAUUAUCAAUAACCAGUAGAUCAACAUCAUCGACUUCAUUAUCAUCCUCAUCAUCCUCAUCGUUAUCACCAUCAGUUUCAUCGCUUUCGACAUCGAAAUUAAAUGAAAAAUUACAUAAAAUUCAACAAAUUUAUAUUGAAAUAGCUUGUCGAUAUUUACAUGAUGGAUUUGGAUUAACUGUUGGACGUCGAAUGUUUCAAAACAUUUUACCUUUACUAUGUGAUCUGCAAAAACUUUGUGCAACAUUAGCCAAUGUUAAUUUAUGUGAACUAGCCGAAGAUGAAGAUCGAUUGUCUUCACCAAGAUCAACAGCACACAGUAUCACACCAGGAGCUUCUGAUCCUCAAACAAUUUCAUCUCAAUUUAAUUCUACAAUAAGUGAAACAUCGAAUUUAAAUGAAUUUCAAAAAGGAAAUCGUGCACCAUCUCAUACAAUUCACUACUAG